CAUUUAUCAUUUUGCUCCAUAAUUGACUGCGAUAACGGACAGAUAAGAAAUUUCUGUCAUAACUUAUACACGAAGUUUCUUGUAGGAAAAGCACACGUGUGUUGGUCGUCAGAAUGAAAUUUCUAAAGAGCUUGGUUAUACUAGUAGUUCAGUUGUGUGUACUCGUAUCUGGCCAGUGUCCCAACGGUUUCGAGCUCAAUGACAACUCAUGUUACAAGGUGUCGGCGCUUGAGGCGAGCUGGAUAGAGGCCAAGAGCUUCUGUCGUCUUCUUGGCUCUGAGCUGCUGGUGAUCGAAACUGCGACAGAGGAGGCCAUAGUGGAGGGUCUUUUAACCAAGCUGCACGGCUCGCACAUCGAUGAGGAUUACUGGGCCUCGGGUGCGGACAUCGCGCGGGAGAACGACUGGCGAUGGAUGACAUCGGACGGGGUGAGCUUCCGAAUGAACUAUACGCACUGGGGAGCGGGGCAGCCUGACAACGGGGGCGGUAACUCAAAUUGCCUGGUCAUCCACUUUCAUGGGGUUCGGACCAUUUGGAACGACACCCUCUGCAGCCAACUGCACAGUUUCAUAUGUGAAGCCAGAGCUCAGGAACAAGAAGUCAUAGUAGGCUGAAGUGACCCAAAUACAUACUGGUAGAUGCAUGGUGUUGUUGCCACAUAUUGAUUGUGUAUUUAUUCAAAUAAAGACGAAUUUUGAAAUAUA